CAGAAUUCCUCAGAGAGAGAAGACUGUAAUAAUGGCGAACCCCCUAGGAAGAUAAUACCAGAGAAGAAUUCACUUAGACAGACGUACAAUAGCUGUGCCAGACUCUGCUUAAACCAAGAAACAGUAUGUCUAGCAAGUACUGCUAUGAAGACUGAAAAUUGUGUGGCCAAAGGCCAAAGCUUUUAAACAAUACAACACAGACAUAAUUAAGAGUACCUCAUUGGAAUUGAGCUCCUCUUCCACAUCUGAUGACUUUGCUUUGCUGAGAUGCAAAUGAAUAAUUAUGCAAAAAGCAGCCCCCAAGGCUCCAGAAUGCCUUUGUCCAGCAAGGUUCUCAUUAAUCAGUUCUAGUCUAUCAAAGACAGCAGUGGCAUUUACACUAAGAACAUCCACCUCUGCACACCAGAGUCUGCUGUGUACAGUUUUUUUGUGACAGGAUAGCAUCUUGUUAUGUAGUCCAGGCUGGCCUUGAACUUGUGGUGAUCCUCCUGCCUCAGCCUCCUGAUUGCUGGGAUUAUAGACAAAACUUGCCAAUGGCACUUCCAGUAUGAUUGUGUCCAAGCAGCGGAAACUCUCAGCAAGCUAUGAGAAAGAAAAAGAGCUGUGUGUCAAGUAUUUUGAGCAGUGGUCAGAGUCUGACCAAGUGGAGUUUGUGGAGCAUCUUAUAUCCCAAAUGUGUCAUUACCAGCACGGACACAUAAACUCCUACCUGAAGCCUAUGUUGCAGAGGGAUUUCAUCACUGCUCUGCCAGCUCGGGGUUUGGAUCACAUUGCUGAGAACAUUCUGUCAUACUUGGAUGCCACAUCACUGUGUGCUGCUGAACUUGUGUGCAAAGAGUGGUACCGAGUGACGUCGGAUGGCAUGUUAUGGAAGAAGCUCAUUGAGAGGAUGGUCAGGACAGAUUCCCUGUGGAGGGGCCUGGCAGAGCGAAGAGGGUGGGGACAGUAUUUAUUCAAAAACAAACCUCCUGAUGGCAGUGCUCCUCCCAACUCUUUCUAUAGAGCACUUUAUCCUAAAAUUAUACAGGACAUUGAGACCAUAGAAUCCAACUGGAGAUGUGGAAGACACAGCUUACAGAGAAUCCACUGCAGAAGCGAAACAAGCAAAGGAGUUUACUGUUUACAAUAUGAUGACCAGAAAAUUGUAAGCGGCCUUCGAGACAAUACAAUCAAGAUCUGGGAUAAAAGCACAUUGGAAUGCAAGCGAAUUCUCACAGGCCACACAGGUUCUGUUCUGUGUCUCCAGUAUGACGAGAGGGUCAUUGUAACUGGAUCAUCAGAUUCCACAGUCAGGGUAUGGGAUGUGAAUACAGGUGAAAUGCUUAACACAUUGAUUCACCAUUGCGAAGCAGUUCUGCACCUGCGUUUCAAUAAUGGCAUGAUGGUGACCUGCUCCAAAGAUCGUUCCAUUGCUGUAUGGGAUAUGGCCUCCCCAACUGACAUCACCCUCCGGAGGGUUCUGGUCGGACACCGAGCCGCUGUCAACGUCGUAGACUUUGAUGACAAGUACAUUGUUUCUGCAUCUGGGGAUAGAACUAUAAAGGUAUGGAACACAAGUACUUGUGAAUUUGUAAGGACCCUAAAUGGACACAAACGAGGCAUCGCCUGUUUGCAGUACAGAGACAGGCUGGUGGUGAGUGGCUCAUCUGACAACACAAUCAGAUUAUGGGACAUAGAAUGUGGUGCAUGUUUACGAGUGUUAGAAGGCCAUGAGGAACUGGUGCGAUGCAUCCGAUUUGAUAACAAGAGGAUAGUCAGCGGGGCCUAUGAUGGAAAAAUUAAAGUGUGGGAUCUUUUGGCUGCUUUGGAUCCCCGUGCUCCUGCAGGGACUCUCUGCCUGCGGACCCUUGUGGAGCAUUCUGGAAGAGUUUUCCGACUCCAGUUUGAUGAAUUCCAGAUCGUCAGCAGUUCGCAUGAUGACACCAUCCUCAUCUGGGACUUCCUCGAUGACCCGGCCACCCAAGCCGAGCGCCCCCACUCCCCGUCGAGAACGUACACCUACAUCUCCAGAUAAACCUCCACCGGGCUCGUGCUGGCCCAGGACUCAUUAAAGUUGCAGUAUUUAAUGUAUCUGCAAAGACCAGGACAAGCAACACAGCAACAAUGAACUCCUCCUGCCUGGAUCCCAGGACCUGGGAGGGGCAGGGCUUCGAGGCUCCUGGUGGGACACAGUUGGGCUGCAGCUGACCAGGACAGUCUGUUCGGCACGGCCAGCUGCUUCAUGCUGCUAUCGGAAGAUGUCUUCUGUCCCUCGUGAAUGAGGGGGACUUGCGCCCCCCACACACACCCACUUCUCCUCCAGUGGGUUCCAGACAGAGAUGGGUCAUAAAUAUAUUUAGGGUUUGGGCAGAAUCUCUCUUGUUUUGCUGUUAAGCAGAAGAACUAAUUUCCCCAUAUAGCCCACUUCUAGGGCCAGGAGGAUGCAGCUUCUGGGCAGGCAGAGCCCAGUGUAGCCCUGCUGACUGCAGGCCCGGCGCCUGGCCAUAGCAGAGGAGACGGGCGGCCCCUGACCGCCUCGGAGGGAGGAAGAGAAGGCGAAUGCACACCCGGAGACCUGAGCCUCUGACUCCACUGCUGCCGCCCCUCGCCCCGAAGGCCUCAGCCCGAGGAGCUGUGUGAUGAGUGUACCCCAGUCAGCACGGGGCGGGUCCACCAGAAGCUGCCCAUCUGGAAGAGGCACGCAUGCAGUCACCAUCGAGCCAGCCUUUGGAGCCGGGCCGGCGACCCUAAGGCUGCAGUGGAUUCUCAGAUGUCAUGCCCUUGUCACAUUCAAGGCUCCUCCUCCUCUCCUUCGUCCCCCACCCUGGGCUCCAUCAGUGGCUGCAUCUUUUUGGACUCAGCAGUCUCCUGGAUUCCAUGUAGAGUGUGGAAAGGAGUUGCUGAUUGCGCUUCCUCUCAUUAACAAUUAGACGUGUAAUAAAAAGCAUUGUACUUCAUCUCAAGUCCCUGGUGAGGCCCAGCCCACAGAAAGGCUCGAGGUGGCCGGAGUAGCUGCCCAGUGCAUCCCGAGUAGUGCCUCGUGUCUGUUUCCUCCUCACAGCCCGUGAGCACCCAGGCACCCAAAACUGCCAAGACCCCCAGAGGCGCUUAGGAGGCGGCCAGAGGUGAAAGUGGCUUUCUUUCCCUGUCUUGGAGAUUGAUUCACCGUCCAGCCUUGCAUUACAGAGGCCUCCUUCUGCUUCUCCCAAAGCCGCCAUUUGCAAAGGGCAGCGUUGCCGGAGAAGGGAUCAGGUUCAGGCUUGGCACACAGGGUUUAUCAGUGGGACAGAAAUAGCCUCCUCUUUCCUCUUCCCUCCUGGCUUUAAUUUGCUCUCUCCUUCCCCACCAGUAAAAUUUCUCUGGCAGCUGAAGAACAUAAACCAAUGGACACUGCAGGGCAAGCUAACCCGGCCCCUUGGAAAACAGCUGUGGGCUUCCUAACCCGUGGCUGCAGUGCAAGGGGGCAUGUGCCACGCCAGCCUCAGAGCAUGGUGACUGCCCGGCUGGGGACACCCACGUACCGAGACCACACAAUCUCCUGUUUUCCUUGGAGGCUGAGCACUGAGGCGCCUCAUGCCUACUCCUACCCCAUGCAGUUGAGCCUAAAAAACCCCUUCUCACACAGCUGCUGCAAGAGCCGCAGGCAGGACCAGGUGCAGGGGGCUCCAGCCAGGUGCCGCUGGCCCGACAGAGUGAGGCGUCCUCGCCCUCCUCCGGUUCACAGGUGCGGCCCCUUCUCUGAGCCCUGACCAAGAGUAUGUGUGGGGAGGGGCUGUGCAUGUGCAGUUUCCCCGUCCUGCUUUACUAAAGUCUCAAUCACAUUCAGAACUUACUUUCUCGGUGUAAGUCCCUUCCCAGCUACCAGAAUGCUACAAAGAAGUGUUUGCUCCUCCCCCUUCAGGCUUCCUUGUCUGUUACGCCGAGUACUGAUGAUGGCUCUGAUUGGUUAAGGGUUUUCCUGCAGAUGAAGAAAGCUGUCAGCCCUGAAAACAGGUCAGGCACUAAAGAGGUGUAGAUUUCAAGCUGUUGCAAAUUGUCCAGUAGCCCUUCUGUUCCACUGCUGUCCAGAGGGAAGCAGGGCUGGGGUGUAGCUCAGUGCAGAGCUGGGGGCCCUGUGGUGCAGAGCCACUGGCUCGGGUGAGGCUCUCCACGUUGUCCUCUCUGCUGCUGAAGGGAAAUGAGAAUGAAGUUAAGUGGUCUGAAAACUUGAAUCGUUCACAUUUCUCAGCUCUGGGGGUCAUUUACCAGUUCAUUGUAGAACAGAUAAUCAGGUAAGUAGAAGUUCAUUUCCAGCGAAGGUAAACUCCACUUACCAUCUCUGCAUGGUUUCAGUGGGAAUUGAUUAUCAGUAAUCCCCGACUGAGAGAAAAGAAAGUAAAGUUUGGCCUUUAUAGAACAGAGAAAGGCAUCGAGAACACAUGUAAAGGAAUGGUAGAAAAGGAGCUGCAGAUGUGCCCUGGCUCUGACAUGAAGUAUUCCAGUGUAGUUUCGUCUCUUUUCACUAAAAUUCACUUCCACUGAAACCUUUCUUUAAAGAUGGGUGGGUGCGGCAUGUGUUCACACCAGCUGCAUGCAUGUGCACGCUUGACCUUCCACUUCACGCUUCGGCUGCUGCACGAACGACACACACACCUUGCUGCUCACCUGAAUGUCGCUCCCGAGAGCUCCCUUCUACUUAAGUGCAAUUUGAAAGUGGACGUGAAUUUUGGAGAGGCCUUUCACACUUGUCCCACGGCUCACUUCUUUCUCACACAUCCUCACCGCAGAGAGGGGCUCUGGAGCUCUGUUAACACAUAAUAAAGCCUGGCACUCAUAACUUGUUUUGGGGGGUUGUUUGCUUUGUCUUGGUACAGUCUAAAGCCACAGAGGGGGAGGUAUGCACCCUUCGGUGUCUUCUGAAAACAUCAUCUGAAGCGCUAUCGCCAGUCUUCUCGUGUGUGUGGAAACUGUGGGGUGGGAGUGUGGGUGAAUACUGGAAAUAAUUAGGGCUGUGUUCUCUUUCCUAGGAUGGGAUUAGAUUCCUUGGUAUUGUUGAGCUUAGCAUCUUCCUUCUGCCUUCCAUGGUGGUACCUGGUAACCCAGGAGUGGACACAGUCCAGCCUGGAGGGUCAGCCAGGGUGCUAAGGCAGACACGGGCUGUGGGUGCUGCCGCAGGACUGGCCAUGUCCACAGAGCUCACUUGCACUGGGUAGUGGCGGGGCUCAUCUGCCCACAGUCCCAGCAUGGUCCGUCUAAGACAGCAGCCACCUCAGGGCAGCGAUACAGACAGCACACGAGCCCUGGGCUCCCACCGCUGUCCUAGGGGAAUGAAACUGAGCUGUGCUUUAGUCUUCUCCAACCUGUAGUUUGUUCGCAGCAUCCAAAUCCUUGGAGGUAAAGAGAGAACAAAGCAUGAUCGUGGCUGCCUCGUUUCAGGCAGAACUCGACUCCACUGACAUGGAGAAACCCAGUCUAAAGCCCCCUGGGGGCAGUGACACCAAGUGUGCUUCACAGCGCCCGCUGGGCGGGGCAGUGUGUGGGUGAGUGUGACCCCACCUUCCUCCUGGGAAGCCGGUCCUCCCGAGAGCACCAGACAGCCUCAGAUGGCCUGGCUGCAGGGCGCCUCGGGAGCCUCGUGGCCGCCCUCCUGUGCCCCCCGGAGUCCCGACCGCUCUGACUUCUGUGACUGUUUCAGUGAUGUGUAGUCUGCCGUGUGUUCACAGCCUAGGACCAUGGUGAUAGAGUGUGUUCUGGUUUUUUAACUUCAGAAAAGUUACUUAAAUGACAAAUGCGUGAUUAAAGUGCAUUUCCUAA